UUUACACUUGUAAAACUGAGAAAUGAACUGACAUGGACGAACGUUCUUCUUUAAAAGAGAGGAGAUUUGCACGGUCUCUUAAUCGCUUUUAGACCUGUUUGUUAAGAUUAGCUGGAGUAAUUCAACGGUAAUAAUGGCUUGGUUUAAUGAAGGUCUCUGCAUUUUACCUUUCUUUUUGGUAGUGUGGUCCUCAAGUACAUUUGUAAUUCCUUACAUAAUCGCAGUGCUUCUCGGACAUGUUGAUGUAAUAUUUCCAUAUAUAAGUGACACGGGGGCAGUCCCACCAGAGAGCUGCAUCUUCGGGUUGAUGACAGUAAUUACAGCCUUUGCAGCACUGGCCACUAUGUAUGCAAAGUACAAGUUUAUGGAGAGGCUGAAUGAGAAGACUGGUGGGGUGCCGCGUAAACUCAAUCAAGCCGCCCUUGGUCUGGGAAUCAUCUCUUGUUUCGGAAUGGGAAUUGUAGCUACGUUUCAGGAGACGGAAGUGAGAGCAGUCCAUGACCUCGGGGCCUUUCUUUUUUUCUUCUCCGGAGUGCUUUACACCAUCCUUCAGAGUAUCAUCUCAUUUCGAGCAUAUCCAUACGGAACGUCGUUCGCUGUGUGUGUCAUCCGUGUUGUCAUCGCUACUGUAGCCUCUGUGGCAGUUUUUCCAACUAUUAUCUGUGCAGCAUUUGUCAGUGAGACCAAGUUGCACUGGACCAGUGAGGACAAGGACUAUACACUCCAUUUAGCUAGUGCUGUUAGUGAAUGGACAGUUGCCUUCAGCUUUGUGUUCUUCUUCUUCACUUACUUACAGGAGUUCAAGCAAUUCACACUCACAGUAAAAGCUGACGUAGUGGAGUACAUCUGACCCGGAUACCAGAAUGUAGGACUACAAAACUAACACAGUUCAGAGCAUUUUUUCUAUUGUUGUUUUUUAGAGACUUUGUUUACACUUUUUGCACAGACUUUGUAAUUUUUUACAAACAAUUGUUGCUUUAAUUUAACAUUUUAAAUGUAUACUUUUGCUGUGUCAAUGAUAUAGAUGCUGUUAUACAUGUGUGAAUUAUGGGCUGAUUAACAAUUGAUUCAUUUAACUGUAUCUGAAAUAGUGCAUCACUUGUGUACUGUAUAUUAAGUGUUGAGGUUGAAGAACCCAGCUUGCCCCAAAAAUGUACUUCACAACAGAGAUGGCCUUGUUUGGCUUAUUUUUGACACUUGUCUGUGUCCUGAGAAGUUACGAACUAAGCAAAGCCCGACUUUGGUAAAAUCAUCAGCAAAGUUGACCAGCACGUUUAGUAAAUACCACCACUGAUAUUCUUUCUGUGUUUUGGGGAACAGUGGUCAGUAACCACACAGUAUUAGUGAUGAUGUUGACAUAUAUUGUUCCCAUCCGAGUGCUGUGCGGUCUCUGUAGCACAUGACCAGCGGCAAUAAGAUAGUAAUGAAGGCAGAGGCAAGUGUCUGUAACCCUGUGAUCCAGAAGCAAGUGACCCUGAGU